UGAUAGUUCGUUUCAAAAUAUUCUGUCGAAUGUCAAACAAUGAUGAAUUAAAUGACAGUAUUGAUGGAUUACUCAAAUAUCCUGGUAAAAAUAAAUACUCUACACAAGUGUUUGUUCAUAUGCAUCCUCCAGUAGUAAACAAAACGAAACAAGAAAUCAAACAAAUGGACUACGAUUUAAAGACGUCUGAUCCCGUUGAACAAGACCAGGGUGAAAAAGUGACACUGCCGAAUCACAGGGAAAAUGAAGACACCAAAGAAAAAACCAUUCCCGAACAAAACUGUCAGAAUAGAGGUAGGAAUGUAUUGAAAUCUAAAUACCCAGACAAUAUCGACAAUCUUAAUAGUUGUGAACUACAUUCCAUUUGUGAAAAUCCUCAACAGCUUGAAUCUCGAAAUCGUAAUCUCAGUGUAGUUGAUGCUAAGAAUAAAGAGUUUCAUCAAGCAAUCCUCGUCGAAAAUAAUAGAAGUAAGUUCUGUCUUCCUGAACACAUUCGAGAUCAGACUACAUUUAAGCGAGAACUGCAAACAGUAAAGGUCAUGACAAUAGUGGUCGGUUGUUUCCUCUUCUGUUUUUUGCCAUUUCUCCUGGUACAUUUAGGAGAAAUCGUUUGCACGUGCAUGUUUCCAGAGACUCUACAUACAACACUUUCAUGGUUACUAUACCUCAACAGUUGCUGCAACCCAUUUAUUUACGCUUUUCGUAACAAGCGCUACGCGAACGCAUUUCGACGACUUUUAAACGCAGAAAACUGUUGUGGAGAGAUGAAACUGGUAAAUUGUUAAAGGAAUUAUCCUUCUACAAAAAGGAUGUACUUUUGCCUUAAUAAUAAAUUUUUC